CUUCCGGAGCGCGAGGUUUUACUUCCGGGAGCCUGGGGCCGAGGACUGCAGCCACUUCGGGUAGUGGGUUCUGACGCUGGGACCAUGCUGCUCCGAGCCGCUUGGAGGCGGGCGGUUUCGGCGGUGACGGCCGCAGCGGGGUCCAGGCCCGCGACGCCCUCCCGGGGGCUGCGCCUGCGCGUUGUAGAUCAUGCCCCCCAGUCAGCUGUUCCCUCAAAUUCAGAUGCUGCCCCUGAGGCAGAGCCAGUGCUGCGACCUCUCUACAUGGAUGUUCAAGCUACCACUCCUCUGGACCCCCGGGUGCUUGAUGCCAUGCUACCGUACCUCAUCAACUUCUAUGGAAAUGCACACUCCCGGACACAUGCUUAUGGCUGGGAGAGUGAGGCAGCCAUGGAACGUGCUCGCCAGCAAGUAGCAUCUCUGAUUGGAGCUGAUCCUCGUGAGAUCAUUUUCACUAGUGGUGCUACUGAAUCCAAUAACAUAGCAAUUAAGGGGGUGGCCAGAUUCUACAGGUCACGGAAGAAGCACUUGAUCACCACCCAGACAGAACACAAAUGUGUCUUGGAUUCCUGUCGUUCACUGGAAGCUGAGGGUUUUCAGGUCACCUACCUCCCAGUGCAGAAGAGUGGAAUCAUUGACCUUAAGGAACUGGAGGCUGCCAUCCAGCCAGAUACCAGCCUGGUCUCAGUUAUGACUGUGAACAAUGAGAUUGGAGUGAAACAGCCUAUUGCAGAAAUAGGGCGGAUUUGCAGUUCCAGAAAGGUGUAUUUCCAUACGGAUGCAGCCCAGGCUGUUGGAAAAAUCCCACUUGAUGUCAAUGACAUGAAAAUUGAUCUCAUGAGCAUCAGUGGUCACAAACUCUAUGGUCCUAAAGGGGUUGGUGCCAUCUACAUCCGCCGCCGGCCCCGAGUGCGUGUGGAGGCCCUGCAGAGUGGAGGGGGGCAGGAGCGGGGUAUGCGGUCUGGGACAGUGCCUACACCCUUGGUGGUGGGACUGGGGGCUGCGUGUGAGGUGGCACAGCAAGAGAUGGAGUAUGACCACAAAAGAAUCUCAAAGUUAGCAGAGCGGCUGAUAGAGAAGAUAACGAAGAGCCUUCCAGAUGUGGUGAUGAAUGGGGACCCUAAGCACCACUAUCCUGGCUGUAUCAACCUCUCUUUUGCAUAUGUGGAAGGGGAGAGUCUGCUGAUGGCACUCAAGGAUGUUGCCUUAUCCUCAGGGAGCGCUUGCACCUCUGCAUCCCUGGAGCCCUCUUAUGUCCUUAGAGCAAUUGGCACUGAUGAGGAUUUAGCACACUCUUCCAUCAGGUUUGGCAUUGGCCGCUUCACUACAGAGGAGGAAGUAGACUACACUGCAGAGAAAUGCAUUCAACAUGUGAAGCGUCUUCGAGAAAUGAGUCCUCUCUGGGAGAUGGUACAGGAUGGCAUUGACCUCAAGAGCAUCAAGUGGACCCAACACUAGAAGAGUGGGUCCCUGACUUUAUGCUGGCCUGGCCCAUUCUGCCUCACUGACAUAUGCACAGCCAGGCAUCUUGUUCUACCCAGUGGGUGCUCCGUGGUAAAAUCAGAAUUGGUAUAGCCCAGUUGACAUCAUCACAGCCCACUUCCAACUCAGAAACACAAGGAAAAUUUCUUUCCCUAAUCUUAUCUCCUUUGUUGGGGAACAUUCCCCAUUUUUCUUCAGGGUUUCUUCUCUGGUCAUUUAUAGAGUGUGGACAUUUUCAUCUGGAAGCAAUAGAGACAUUUGCUAUGAUAUUGCUGCUAAACAUGUGUCCUUUGUGGGGAAAGCAAAAGGAACUGGAAGAAGGCUUUUUGGGGACUCCAAUAAUCUAUGUAGACAUUUGAAUCGUGGCAUUUUAUUGCUCAGCUGGACUGGCUCCUUCAGCAACAAGCAUAAUCAACUUCACUUUAAUCCUUUUUGAGACUCCAAAGGACAUCACUUUUUAUUGACUGUAGAUGAAAUAACAAGUUUUUUGGUUCUCAGCUCAACCAUUAGAGUUCUCAACUCCAUCUAUUAUUCUAAUAAUUUUAUGUUUCUUCUCUUAGAAUUUGUUAAUUUGAAGAUUUGGAAAGAAAUAAAUUCAUUUUCUUCUGUUUA